AUGGACGGGGGUCUCGGAGACAUGUCGCUCCACUCCCACCCGGACCACCUGGCCCACCCUCAGGACGGCCGGGCCAUGCUGCACUCGCGGGACCUGUCGGCGGCGUUCCCCCGGCCCUCCCUCGGGGGUCCCUCCAUGUCCCUGGAGCCCGAGCCGCGGCCCCCGGGCUUCGACCACUCCAUGUCGGCGUUGGGCUACAGCGGCGACUCGCCCUCCAGCUCGGGCUCCACCUACACCACCCUGACCCCCCUGACCCCCCUGCAGCCCUUCGACGACAAGUUCCACCACCACCACCACCACCACCACCCCUGCCUGCCGGUCAGCAACGUCAUCGGGAGCUUCACCCUCAUGCGAGAGGACCGAGGCCUCGGCACCAACUUCUACAACCCGUACGGCAAGGACCUGGCCAUGGCCCAGAGCCUGCCCCCCCCCAGCACCGGGUCGGGCCUGGGCUCCUCCAUGCACGGCUACGGCAGCCUGGGGAACAGCCCCAACGGCAACGGCGGUCAGAUGCUCCACGGCGGCUACGACGUGCACGGCGGGAGCCUCUUCUGCAGAACAUCGGACUUCGCCCGGGAGAUCUCGCCGCCGGGCCUGGGAGGCGGCGACGGGUCGGUGGGUCAUCAGCUGAACAAGAUGGAGGCUCACCAGCACGUGACGGGCCACCACCCCCACCUCUACAGCCAGCACUACCAGCCGCACCACCACCCGGGCCAGCAGGCCUCCAAGGUGAGCGAGCACCUGCACUCCUCCUCCUCCUCCUCCGGCGCGUCCUCGCCCGGCGACGGCGUGCUGUCGGGCCUGCAGGGCGGCGGCGGCGGCGGGGAGGAGAUCAACACCCGGGACGUGGCCCAGAGGAUCAUCACCGAGCUGAAGAGGUACAGCAUCCCCCAGGCCAUCUUCGCCGAGAGGGUUCUGUGCCGGUCCCAGGGAACGCUGUCCGACCUCCUGAGGAACCCCAAGCCCUGGGGCAAGCUCAAGUCCGGCCGCGAGACCUUCAAGAGGAUGAGCCGCUGGCUGCAGGAGCCCGAGUUCCAGAGGAUGGCCUCACUCCGGCUGGAGGCCUGCAAGCGGAAGGAGGCGGAGCAGAGCAAGCUGGAGCGCAACCAGGGCCCGAAGCGCACCCGGCUGGUGUUCACCGACCUGCAGCGCCGCACGCUGCUGGCCAUCUUCAGGGAGAACCACCGCCCGACCAAGGAGCUGCAGGUCACCAUCUCCCAGCAGCUGGGCCUGGAGCUGUCCACCGUCAGCAACUUCUUCAUGAACGCCCGCCGACGCAACGUCAACAAGUGGGCGGAGGAGGGCCGCCCCUCCUCCACGGGCUCCUCGGGCUCCAGCGUCUCCUCCUCCGCGGUGUCCUGCAGCACGGCGUGA